UCUAGCGGCAGUGAGUUGUGUCAUUCCUUAACGGAUAAUGAGUACAUCUACGGCUUCAAGUUCUAUGUUGUCGACGUCGACCACAACAAGCACAGAAAAACCGAGGUCUCCCAAAGGAGGUUUCCAGGAGCUACAAACAGUUAAGAAGAAGGUUACAGCGCCAACAAAAGGCCCAGAGAGUGACAAUGUGAAUAUUGAUGAGCUUAUGAAAGCUCUGAAAGUGGUGAGAAAAGCUAAAGAACGCAAUAUUGAUCUCACAACGUCAAUGGAAUCGUUAGCAAUGCGUAGCCUAAAAACUCGCCAUAAACGUCGUCAACGACAUAGAAUAUCGGCUUGGCAACGGAUUCGCUCACAACUUUACGUGGUGCUAUGGAUAUUCGCCAUUGUCUACUUCAUUGCUUUGCUAAAUCGCAAUACUGUUUGUCCGUACUUUAUGGAUGACACGAAAACUACCGAAUUUUGAUGCAGCGGCUUGACAUAUUGAAUGAUUGUGGAUUUACAAGG